AACAUUAACCAACGUAACGGUACGAGUGAGUGACUCAGGGCCACGCAAUCAUGUGACGUUACUCCAAAUCUCUCUUCACCCGCCGUCAAGUCAAAAUGCUAUCCACACACACUAUUCGAGCCUCCGCCGGAUUACAAAUCGAAGAUGUCGUCGUCGCCGUUCGUGAAGUCUUAUCUCUUCGCUUACAACUUUCUCCAAGCUUCGUCAUGGACGAUUUCGCUUCUGAGUAUCGUUAGCAGCGUUUUAUCGAGCAAGACGAUCAAUGGCGGCGCUUACUCUGCCGCCGGAUAUUUGAUAAGUGUGAUACAAGCUGCUGCAGUUCUUGAAGUUCUUCACGGAGCUAUAGGAAUUGUACCGAGUGGAUUCUUAUCUCCGCUGAUGCAAUGGAGUGGAAGAACACACUUCAUUUUGGCUAUUGUUGGACAGAUCAAUGAGGUCCAGGAUUCGCCGUGGCUGGCAAUAACUCUUGUAGCUUGGUGUAUCGGCGAGAUGAUUAGAUAUCCUCACUAUGCUUUAACUUGCCUUGGUAGAUGUCCCUAUUGGCUAACCUAUCUCAGGUAUACAGGAUUCAUCAUCAUCUAUCCAACGGGACUAGCGGGUGAAUUGUUGAUCAUGUACAAAGCGCUUCCACAUGUUAAAGAAAGGAACCUUUAUGCAAAUUUCUUCUCUGUUUUCCCUUUCAGUUACUACCAAUUCCUUUGGGCUGUCCUCUUGGUCUACCCGUUCCUUUGGUUGAAGCUUUAUCUCCAGUUGUUCAAACAACGAAAAUCUAAGCUUGGAAAAGCAGAGAAGCAUCACGGCAAGAGAAAGAAAAUGUGAAAGUCCCUUAAAUCAUCUCCUCAGAUAUGUCUAUCUUUAUCCUUGUUUAUGUUAUCGCUCUAUGUGCCUUUAAUUUUUGUUUUUUCCUUCUUUUUUUAAAAAAGUUUAAAUAAUUUAAUGGAUUAUCAUGGCCAUAUUAUCAA